AACGCUCUGUGCUGCCGGAGCGCAUCUUCCUGGUGCCUUUCGGAUCGAUCGCCUCAGCCGAAGAUGUGCUUCCGGGUCAUUCCCAUUUCCAUCGGUUCGACGUCUUCAGCCGAUGCUCCGUCGCAGCUCUGAUGUGUUCGCGGAAGCUUCGGCAAGACACGACCUUCUUGGCCGCCCUGGUGAAGCCGUCCUGGACCAGCCGCGUCGGACAGGCCUUGUUGCAGAGCCUAGCUGGGGAGCACCCGGAGGAUGCUGAGCCCACGAAGAUCGUGAAGAUUGUCGGCAGCGCCAUUCCAAAGACUCGCGGCGCUUUCAUUCCGACAGAGAGGUGGCUCGCCAAGACAUUCACCUCCGUGCUGAGCAACGCUACGGCCAACGCCAAAGUGCAGCGACGAUGCACAGGAUGGAGUUGCGAGGAGGUGUCGUCGUUGCGCAAGCUCCUAUCUGACCUUGGCAUCGAGGCAAAGGCAAAGGAGCAGCCGGUAGAAGUGGCUCAGGCGGCUUCAUCUGCCAAAGUCUGUGCCGUCGUCCUCCAUGAGGAAGCUGAUGUGCACAUCCGAGAUGAGCUUCAAAGGGCUCAGCUUGAGGGGGCCUCCCGGAUUGUCUUGAUUGUGGGUGACCAGACCGGGUUGACGCGUGAGCAAGUGGAGUACCUAGCUGCAGAGUUUGGUGUCGUGCCUGUAACUGUCGGUGCAACGCCUUUGCUGACCUCGCACUGCAUUGUCAUCCUGAACCACUUCCUGGAUGAGCUCUGGCCUGCGCAGCUUGCGGUUGCUGGCGAGACACCAGAAGCUGCGGAGCAGGAGGAUUCGUAG